AUGAACGCUCCCGCUCUCCUUGUCCCCCUCCUUUUCCUUUACCUCGACGUAUUGCACAGCUUUACAACCAACAGGGCGGUCUUUCCAAGGAGUCCCUUCCCCUUGUUCUCGUCACCGAACAGAAAGAAAGCCGCACCUGAACAACUCCCCCAGGGGAAGGUUAAGAAAUUGAAGGAAAAAAAGAAGAAAAAAAAAAAUAGCGCUCUGGAAAGGCUGCUCCGCGAGCAUGCGGAGAAGGUGGAAAAGGUGGAAAAAGUGGAGACGCUGCAGAAGCUGGAGAAGAGAGACGUGUCGGACAACCCCAGUGUAGACGUCGACAAGGAGAUUCUUCAAGGUAAGAGAGUACCAAGGCUAAGGAUUAAAAACACUAAUAAUCAUAUAUAUGCGACGGUGGUGGAUGACUACAGGAGACAUAUACUCUGCUUCUCCUGUUCGCGAGAUCCAAACUUAUCUAGUGUGUUAGGCACGUACAGAAAAAAGACAACCAACCGAGUCGUGAAUAAUGGGAGGACUAUUAAAUCCGGGUGGGAAAUUGGGAAGGACAUCGCAAGGAAAGCCUUAAAUAAAGGCAUUUUUAAGGUGAAAUUUGAUAGAGGCAAGUUUAAGUACGCCGGGAAGGUGGAGGCCUUAGCUGAGGGGGCCCGCGCCGUGGGGUUACAGCUGUGA